AGGCGGCUGAGCGGCUGUCUCACACGGGGCCCGACGAGGAGGGGCGGGAACCGCGGUUGAUGGUGCUACUUGGACGGGACUUGAACUCCCGUUGUUUUUGCACAGAGAGUCUCAUGUCUAAUAUUUAGACAUGAUGAGCUUUGUGCAAGGAGUGACUCUGGUCAUUCUUGCUCUGUUUCACCCCUCACUGAUUCGGGCACAGCAGAACCAGCAGGCUAUCGAAGGAGGAUGCUCUCACCUGGGGCAGGUCUACGCCGACAGGGACGUAUGGAAGCCGGAGCCGUGCCAGAUCUGCGUGUGUGACUCCGGGUCCGUCCUCUGCGAUGACAUAAUCUGUGACGAGCAGGAGCUGGACUGCCCCAACCCAGAGAUCCCAUUUGGAGAGUGCUGCCCUGUCUGCCCUCAGGCACCGCCCACACCGACACGGUACCCAAACGGCGGGGCCUCCCAAGGCCCCAAGGGAGAUCCGGGUCCACCGGGCACUCCAGGGAGGAACGGCGAUCCUGGACACCCUGGCAGCCCCGGGAGCCCAGGGAGCCCCGGCCCACCCGGCGUCUGUCAAUCCUGCCCUACUGGGGGCUUCUCUCCUCAGUUUGAUUCUUAUGACGUCAAGGCUGGUGGAGGAGGAAUGAUCGCUGGAGGUGGUGCACAAGGACCUCAGGGUCUCCCCGGAAUUCCCGGCCCGCCCGGCCCGGUUGGCCAUCCAGGCUCCCCAGGUAGCCCUGGAUAUCAAGGAUCUCCCGGGGAGCCCGGACAAGCCGGACCUGCUGGACCCCCAGGGCCCCCUGGUGCUUUGGGUCCGAGUGGUCCAGCCGGUAAAGAUGGAGAAUCUGGAAGACCAGGACGGCCUGGCGAACGGGGAUUGCCUGGAGUUCCAGGUGCCAAAGGGCCUCCUGGAAACCCUGGAUUCCCUGGGAUGAAAGGACACCGAGGCUUUGAUGGACGAGAUGGAGCCAAGGGUGAAACUGGCGCACCGGGACUGAAGGGUGAAAACGGACUUCCUGGUGACAACGGGAUCCCUGGGCCCAUGGGUCCAAGAGGCACCCCAGGCGAGAGGGGGCGGCCCGGACUCCCAGGGUCUGCGGGUGCACGUGGUAACGAUGGAUCUCCAGGUGCCUCCGGCCAACCGGGCCCUCCUGGUCCACCUGGAACUGCAGGAUUUCCUGGAUCUCCCGGCGCUAAGGGUGAAAUCGGCCCCCCUGGCACCAGCGGCUCCAACGGCUCCCCGGGUCAGAGAGGAGAGCCCGGACCCCAGGGUCACGCAGGCGCACAAGGCCCUCCCGGUCCUCCUGGAACCGCCGGCAGCCCUGGUGGCAAAGGAGAAGUGGGCCAAGCUGGCAUCCCCGGAGCUCCAGGUCUGAUGGGCGCUCGUGGUCCUCCUGGCUCACAGGGAGCCAUUGGUGCUCCCGGACAGAGAGGAGUCCCGGGCGAGCCUGGCAAGAAUGGCGCCAAGGGAGAGCCGGGCCUGAGGGGUGAGCGAGGUGAAGCUGGAACUCCAGGGGCUCCAGGGUCCAAUGGCGAAGAAGGAAAGAAGGGAGCUCCAGGAGAACCAGGAGUCAAUGGUGUCCCUGGCACACCAGGAGACAGGGGAGCUCCAGGUUUCCGUGGGUUACCAGGCAGCAACGGCAUCCCCGGGGAGAAGGGCCCAGCCGGCGAACGUGGUAGCCCUGGAGCUACAGGCCCGAGAGGACUUGCUGGUGAACCUGGACGGGACGGGAACCCUGGUACUCCGGGACAGAGGGGCAUGCCGGGCAGUCCGGGAGGUCCAGGAUCGGAUGGCAAACCAGGACCUCCAGGAAGUCAAGGCGAACUAGGACGGCCUGGACCCCCUGGUUCCCAGGGCCCCCGAGGGCAGCCUGGUGUCAUGGGAUUCCCUGGACCCAAAGGCAACGAUGGUGCACCUGGCAAGAACGGAGAGCGUGGCGGCCCUGGGGCUCCCGGAGGCCCAGGCCCCGCCGGAAAGAACGGAGAACCUGGAGCCCAAGGGCCUCCCGGAUCCUCGGGACCCCCCGGGGAAAGGGGAGAACCAGGAGCUGCUGGUCCAACUGGUUUCCAGGGUUUGCCUGGUCCCCCUGGUCCUUCUGGAGAAAACGGAAAGCCUGGAGAAGCUGGUCCGAGAGGCGAGAAUGGCUUACCUGGAAGCCCAGGAGGCAAGGGUGAAAACGGCCUCCCUGGUGAACGAGGACCUGCAGGGCCCCCUGGAAACGCUGGGCCGAGAGGAAGCCCAGGCACCGCUGGGCCAGAAGGUGGGAAGGGUGCCGCUGGUCCCCCUGGUCCUCCUGGUGCAUCCGGAUCCCCAGGUCUGCAGGGAAUGCCUGGAGAGAGAGGUGGUCCUGGAGGUGCAGGUCCCAAGGGCGACAAGGGAGAACCUGGUGGUCGUGGUGGCGAUGGUCUGCCCGGAAAAGAUGGUUCAAGAGGUCCAACCGGUCCCAUUGGACCUCCCGGCCCAGCUGGCCCUGCUGGAGAUAAGGGUGACGGUGGUCCUGCAGGAGCUCCUGGUAUUGCUGGUCCUCGUGGUGGUCCUGGAGAGCGAGGAGAACACGGUCCUCCGGGGCCUGCUGGUUUCCCAGGAGCUCCGGGACAAAAUGGCGAACCAGGUGCCAAAGGUGAGCGUGGAGUUCCUGGCGAGAGAGGUGAGGGUGGCCCCCCCGGCGUUGCUGGACCCCAAGGAGGCCCUGGUGCCACUGGCCCACCCGGACCACAAGGAGUCAAAGGAGAGCGUGGCAGUCCUGGUGGUCCUGGCACCACUGGAUUCCCUGGCGCCCGUGGCCUUCCCGGCCCCCCCGGCAGCAACGGUAACCCAGGGCCUCCCGGCAGCGCAGGACCUUCAGGCAAAGAUGGACCCCCCGGGCCGGCGGGUAACACUGGUCCUCCCGGUGGGCCCGGAGGCGUGGGUCCCAAGGGUGAAGCUGGCCAACCUGGAGAAAAAGGCUCCCCAGGCGAUCGAGGAGAACCGGGCUCCCCUGGACCAUCUGGCGUUGUUGGCAUUCCUGGUGUUCGCGGCAUGGUCGGGCUGCCGGGGCUGCAAGGACGACAGGGCACCCCAGGACAGCCGGGCGCCAGGGGAGAAGAUGGGAAACCAGGAGUAAAUGGCUCCCCAGGGGAACGCGGCCCUGUUGGCCCACCUGGCCCCGUUGGUCUGAGUGGAACUGCUGGAGAACCUGGCAGAGAUGGAAAUCCUGGAUCGGACGGUCAGCCAGGCCGGGAUGGAUCCCCAGGUGGCAAGGGAGAUCGUGGUGAAAAUGGCUCUCCAGGUGCUCCUGGUUCUCCUGGCCACCCUGGCCCCCAGGGUCCCGUAGGUCCAGCUGGAAAGUCCGGAGAGAGAGGAGAAUCAGGUCCUGCUGGUCCCUCUGGCCCACCUGGUCCUGCUGGCAUACGAGGAGCUCCUGGUCUUCAAGGAGCUCGUGGAGACAAAGGAGAAACUGGUGAGCGUGGUGCUAAUGGCAUGAAGGGUCACCGAGGCUUCCCCGGAAACCCUGGAGCCCCCGGCUCCCCGGGUCAAGCUGGCCAACAAGGAGCCGUCGGCAGCCCGGGACCCUCGGGCCCAAGGGGUCCCCUUGGUCCUCAUGGUCCCCCUGGAAAAGAUGGCGUGAGCGGACAUCCUGGCCCCAUUGGUCCACCCGGCCCCCGUGGGAACAGAGGUGAAAGAGGAUCAGAGGGCUCCCCCGGCCACCCAGGAAACCCAGGCCCCCCAGGCCCACCAGGAGCUCCUGGGCCUUGCUGCGGCAAUGGCGGCGGUGGGGCAGCCUUCUUAGGUGGCGGAGAGAAAGCAUCCCCCUACUAUGGAGACGAGGCGGUUGACGCCAAAGUGAACACUGAGGAGAUCCUGUCUUCCCUGAAAUCGGUCAGCGGGCAGAUAGAAGGCAUCAUCAGCCCAGACGGGUCCCGAAAGAAUCCUGCCCGCAACUGCCGAGACCUGAAGUUCUGCCAUUCUGACCUCAAGAGCGGAGAGUACUGGAUUGACCCGAACCAAGGCUGCAAGAUGGAUGCCAUCAAGGUGUACUGCAACAUGGAGACCGGGGAGACCUGUGUGAGCCCCAGCCCUGCCAGAGUCCCCAACAAGAACUGGUGGACCAACCCCAGUGCGGAAAAGAAACACGUUUGGUUCGGAGAGUCCAUGGAUGGCGGCUUCCAGUUCAGCUACGGCAAUCCCGAGCUUCCUGAAGACGUGACUGAGGUCCAGAUGGCAUUCCUGAGGCUCCUUUCCAGCCGGGCAUCCCAGAACAUCACAUAUCACUGCAAGAACAGCAUCGCCUACAUGGACCAGGACAGCGGCAACGUCAAGAAGGCUCUGAAACUGAUGAACUCGAACGAUGGAGAAUUCCGGGCCGAAGGGAAGCUCACUUACAACGUUCUGGAGGAUGGUUGCACUAAACACACCGGGGAGUGGGGGAAGACCGUCUUCGAGUAUCGGACGCGCAAGGCCAUGAGGCUGCCCGUGGUGGACAUCGCACCCUUUGACAUCGGGGGCCCCGACCAGGAGUUCGGUGUGGACAUUGGCCCCGUCUGCUUCUUGUAAACGAAGGGAACGGCUCUCUCUGAAUCCCCAGCCAAGAAAUUCACCUCCAUCUGUGCUCCUCUGUUCUGGUCUCAUCCGCCAGUUCAGGUGACCGACACCUUCCAGUUAUUUAUUGCCAAAAUUUCUGGAAAACACAUCAUUCGACCUAAAGGGAUCAGUCUUGUUUCGCUCUCACACGAAAUACGAUGCAGAUGCUUUUUUGCUCUAUUUUUUUACCAGUUCCAUCUUCACAAUGUCUCAGUGGUGCUAUAAUAAACGUCAACACUCUUCCAACAACCCUGUGUUCCAUUCUUUGAGCGCUAGGCCGUUUGCAGAGCCCCGAAGAGAUCACCUUUCUCACCUCGAUGGUAAUGCGGGGUAACAGGAAGGUUUUUUUUCCCCGUUUCAACUACCUCACCUUGGACAGAAACUGGGAUGGAUUGAACAAGCCGGCCCCCAGACUCAAAGUCGAGCGGAGAAAACGGUCUGAAUUCCACCGCUGCUCUGGAGUAAGCCGGUGGGGCCUUCCGGUCAGUAGCGGACGAAGGCAGGCUCGUGUCAGAAUCGAAGCUCCUGAUCCCAGCUCAAACAGCUGCUUUCUUUCACUCUCGGAUUCGGUUCCAUUUCCAAAGGUGCUUUUGUCCUUUCUUGGCGUCGCUGGUUCCGCCCGCUCAAUCGGAACAUGUAAAGGGCAGACAUAACGGUGCUAACCUACGUGGAAACUGCAGGUCCAGCCGGGCAGCUCGUGUUCGCAAAGAUUCCCGGAGCGCGAGGAUGUUCUCGAUGGCCGCGGUUUAAGGAUUUCUCCCUGCACUCUGUAAAAGUCAAUAAAGAUGCUACUUUGUCACAUGGAAAA